AACCUAAGCUCGAUCAUAAGCUCGAUCAUUGGGUGACUUUGUAGGUCUCUGAUAGGAAUGUUGGUGCUCGUCAUCGGCGACCUCCAUCUGCCCUACCGCGCAUCGGAUCUGCCAAGCAAGUUCCGCAAGCUGCUGGUCCCUGGCAAGAUCCAGCAAAUUGUCUGCACCGGCAACGUCUGCGAUCGCGAGACGCUCGACUACCUCCGCACCGUCGCCGGCGAUGUACACGUCGUCCGUGGUGACUGGGACGACAAUGUCCACUUUCCAUCCUCGCUCAUCCUGCACCACCCCCCACUCCGCAUAGGUGUGUUGCACGGACACCAGAUUGUCCCGGCCGGUGACACAGACAGCCUUUGUGCCCUUGCCCGAGCGAUGGACGUCGAUGUGCUGCUGAGUGGGAGCACGCACAAAUUCGACGCAUUCGAGCGUGAAGGUCGCUUCUUUGUUAAUCCGGGCAGCGCGACGGGCGCCUGGAGUGCCGUCUGGCCGGUCAGAGAUCCAGCAGAUGCAGAAGCGGACGACGAAGACGACGAGGACAAGCACGAGGAAGCCGACGAGGGAGGCGAGAAGGAAGACGCAAAGGCUGUAAUGCAGGGAAAGGGGCCGGAAAGGGGUUCAAAAGAACAGAAGGCAGAUGGCAAGAGAGACGAGGGCGAGGCUGAGUCUGCCUCGACACCCGGCGAUGACGACAUGAACAAGGUCAUCAACAAAGAGUCUAAGGACAAACAGGAGGUCCAAGACGGAAAAGUGGAACAGGUCAAGAAGGAGGAGGCUGAGCACAAAGGAUCAAAGGGCACGAGAGAGCCGAAGCUGGCACCCGGCCCCACGCCCAGCUUUGCGCUCCUUGACAUCCAAGGCGCUGUUGUCGUCACCUACGUCUACCAGCUCAUUGGUGGCGACGUCAAAGUGGAAAAGAUGGAAUUUCGCAAGAAACUGGAAACCGGCGCGCCUGCGAAUCUCGCUGGCGGCGGCCCGAGCAGCACCAUGGCUCAGGGAAGUCAGCCGCAGCCGAGAAGGGUAGCCGGCGCAGGGGGAGCAGGGAUACGCUAUUGAUUGUUGUGGAUUGAUGUGGCUAGAUGAACAAGAUCCUUUGAAUGUAAUGCGAGAGACUAUGAAAAAGAGUGGUAUAUAUCUG